AUGGCUGCCUGCGUCGUAGUUAUUUCAGAUACUAAUCAGCUACUCUACCUUCGAACCGCUGAAUGUCCUGAUCCCCUGUUUUACCAUUUCAAAGCACAUUCAGCUUUAGAUGUUAUAGAGGACAAGUUAUCCAAGCGUACAACUAGUGGUAGUCCUGAUCAACUGGAACAGUAUCUUGGUCUUUUAUACCCAAUGGAAGAUCAUAGGAUUUAUGGUUAUGUAACCAAUACAAAAGUUAAGUUUAUUAUGAUCUUUGAGUCACAGAAUCUGUCGCCCUCACAGUCAACUCAAACAAGCCUACCAAGUCAUCAGCAUAAUCAUCAUAUACGUGAUGUAAAUAUUCGUGAUAUGUUUCAACGAUUGCAUACAGCAUAUAUCGAUUUGGUGUGUUCACCAUUCUAUAAAUCAGGCACACCGAUUCAACCAGACCAGCUACCAGCUGCACGUCGAUUCGAUCAGCGUAUCUCAACACUUUUAGCUACACAUGCUAGUUCUGGUUAUUGUUCAACAUUUACUAGCCUGAUUGAUGAAGCAAAAACACCGACUGGUGAAAGUUUAACAACAAGUAUAAUCUCCCCUAAAGCGUGA